UCUACUCAUCACAUGACCCAUACACUUGUGUAGGCCAUAUUUGACAGUGGGCCGAGUCGUUAAGGAGUGUGCGUGUGUGUAUGAAAGUUGUUCUGCUGGGAGAUAUAAGGAGUCUGUAAAUACUCAAAUUUUAAAAUGCCGAUUGAUCAAGAACAUCCUGUAUACGGGCCCUUCUUUGGUGUAAUGGGUGCCGCGUCGGCAAUCGUUUUCAGUGCCCUGGGUGCGGCAUAUGGCACAGCCAAAUCAGGGACCGGUAUUGCUGCCAUGUCGGUGAUGAGGCCAGAACUUAUCAUGAAGUCCAUCAUUCCUGUAGUCAUGGCAGGUAUUCUUGCCAUCUAUGGGCUUGUGGUGGCUGUACUGAUAGCUGGUGCUCUUGAAGAACCUGACAAGUACUCUCUCUUCAAGGGAUUUGUCCAUCUGGGUGCAGGGCUGGCUGUAGGAUUCAGUGGGUUGGCUGCUGGAUUUGCCAUAGGUAUCGUUGGUGAUGCCGGUGUUCGAGGCACAGCCCAACAGCCACGUCUCUUCGUAGGAAUGAUUCUGAUCCUCAUUUUUGCUGAGGUGUUGGGUCUUUAUGGACUCAUUGUUGCCAUCUACCUGUACACGAAAUAAACUGUUUAAAAGAGUUCCCAUCAUUCACAUGUAAGAAAGAUUUGUUGGCAGCGGGUGGAAGUCAUCUUGACGUGAUGGAUCGUGUCUGUAGUUCUCAAUAUGAGUUGACUUCCAAGGCCAACAUCCUCACCUGUAAAAUAAUUAUCAUAGCCUAGUUCAUUUGGCACUUUAAUGGAAAGUAGCACCAUUUUUUUUAACAAAAACUGGAUGUUUUAUGCAAGCAUAUGUUCCCAUUCAAAGAUGUGUGUUAAUCGAAAGUUGAGCAGCAUAAAGUAGUAUAACAUUUGAGGCUUUCACGGCAGUGACUAUGAAGAAAGCAGUCUUCUGGAAUAUGGCACCGUGUAUAUGUGGUGUUAACCGACGUUUUGGUUAACACCACAUGUACACGGUGCCAAAUCCCAGAAGACUGCUUUCUUCUCAGCAUAAAAUAGUGUUUGUGCAUAUUGCCGUGUUUUAGGAUCCAUGCAGCUCUACAUAAGUUGUAUGUUUGUAUUUAAGGGUACUAAUUAUGAUGUUGAAUUUUGAACAACACAUCUCUUUUGAAGAAUGGCAUACGAACAUAGCUUGAAUGAAUCUGUGUAUACUGUAUCUGUCACAUCAUGUCUUGUGUUCUGUCUGGAGUGAGGAGAUUUCCGCCGAAUCACCGUUCGCUACAGACGAGGAGGCAACAACGUGUGUUAGUGUCUGUGGUGUCUAGCUUUGAGUGUGACUGUGAAAAUAAUUGUAGGUAAAUAAAUAAAUAAAGAAAUAUAUAAAGAUACUAAUAAUAAAACUCGGCUGUAGUUGUAAAAUAUGCAACAUAGAAAUUAGAUAGUACAUUUGUUUCCAUUGAUAUUGUUAAAUUUGGGGGAAGGAAGGUGUAACUGUAUGUGUACAUUCCAUUUGCUGCCUCUGCAGUUUCGUAAGAUGGAGGGGCGAGUGAUCGCCAUGAUGCUGGACAUCAACUGUAGACAUGUUAUGAACCUGACGAACCAGAUCGGAUUUAUCAGCUCCUGAAUCAUCACAUUGCUACAUGUGUUAUAUGUCUGGCCUAUGAACAGUCAGUGUUGAUUGUUUCAGCUGUAACUGGCAAACAGGAUUUCUCUCCUCCAUAAAGUCAUGUUCAGUAUUUACAUGAAGUCAACAACAGUGAUCUGUGCUGACCAAUUUAUGGGCCAUAGUUGUAUCAGCAUGUUUGUGAACAAGUCUGUUUCUUAUUUUGGGUAGAUGUUAGCUAUAAAUAAAAUUGUAUAUUCACUUUGCAUUUACGUAUAUUCUUGUUUGUUAUUAGGCAGUCUGGUCAUUUUAGCUUUGGCAUAUAAAUAUAUAUCAAAUACAGUGUUGUUUAAAAGUGAAAUGUAUUCCUGAUGUUGGGAUUUUGAUCUUCCAUAAUUUUGUCGGAUUUUCUUUUUGACCAGGAAUAUUCGAAAAGCUUCUUCAGGUGUGUCCAUAUUUGCCACCCAGUUCUGUGUAUGUCUUCUGCUACCCACAAUGGUUCAUGACCUGGUAUAUGCCUAGCAUAUGUCUGUUAUUGGUGUAUGAAUGAGAUUACAGUGGCAAUAAAACUGGAAAAAUGUA